CUGCUCAGCUUCUCUGUUCUGGCAGUCUUCUUGCAUAUGCUAUUCGAACUGAGGAUCAACAAGAGCGUGUGCAAGUAUGUCACCAUUAUCCAGGAGACGGUGAUUGAGAUCCGCGUAUUCUUCAUCAUCUUUGCAACCGGAAUUUUGGGGUUCGCGGUCGCGACCCUGCACUUGCUCCGAGGCUGUCCCUAUGAGGGAUGCGAAGAACCAGAGACGGCGUUCUCGCACAAUUUCUUGGGCGCAUUGUCGGAUACGUAUUUUUUCAUGGGCGGACGCUGGGACCCUGUUAGCGACGAGUUUGCUGCUCAGGAGUGGGCCUUCCAUCUGCUGAUGGCGAUCUUUUUCUUCUUUACGGUUGUUCUGAUGCUGAACGUCCUUAUUGCGCUUAUCAAUGUGGCAUUCCAGAAGGGCGAUGACGGCUGGCGCCUUGUCUGGACCGAGUCCCGACUGCGGUACAUCGAGUUGGCCGAGAACAUGUCGUAUCAUAUCCCCGGGUUCCGUAAGACACACAACUGGUUCCCGAAGGAGAUUUACUUUACCGCGACUGCGAAGCAGGUCCGGGCUUAUCGUGAAAAAUACCACGCCAGAGACAGGGCGACCGAAGAUCUGGAGAUGAUGGAGAAAUGGAUGCGUGGGCCCGAAGAUGACGACGACUAUCAGGACGACGAUGAGGAAGUCGAUGCGGAUGUUGGCGGUGGCGAGACCAACAUGGACACUAAGCAGGAGGGUGAUAGGGACAAAGAAGAUAGCGCUGUGACAGAGAAGAACGAAGACGAGAAGAAUAAGAACAGUGCUGAUGAUGAUGAGGCAGAUAGAGGUCAUACACGGCAUUUAGAUGGGGUGAUCGAAGAUCUCAGCGAAGCCGAGUAUCGCAACACGAUUGAAGAUAGUGCCAGAAGACGGAGGAGGGUGAAGGCGAUCCCUUCAUCGGAUAACUUGACUGGAGUUAGAGGGGCAGAAAGCGAUACAGAAGAGCAGGACGUUUCGUUCUCCCAUCAGGGCCAGGGCGACUUGGCUGUUCGUAUGCUGAACGUCCAAGUCGGAGACCUCAAGUCUCAGGUGGGAGAGUUGCAGAUGCAAUUGAUGGCGCAACAGGAGCAGGCUCAGAGACAGUUUGAGGAACUCAAGAACCUAUUGACGCAGCGCGCCGGGAACUAAGAAAAUUCGUCCGCAGCAGUGUAUUUGUAGAAUAACAUAAUAUAUCGACCAUGGGG